AUGGUGGAUGUCAUUGAAAGGGUUCUCAAAGACCUUAGUGUUCGUGAUUUACUUUCGGCACUUCUAGUUAACCGAGAAUGGAGUCAAGCCGCCGUUCCAUUGUAUUGGAAAGCUCCGUUCAGUCAUACAAAGAAAAGAUGUAUGCUCGCACUCAAGGUUUAUGAAUCGUUUCUGGAACAAGAAAGCGGAUCGGCAGGAAAAUCUACAAUUCAUAAAAAUCAACCACUUUACGAUUAUCCCAUUUUUCUCAAGGAACUCAAUUAUACAAACCUACUUGCGUGCGAAGAAACCUAUGGAAGGGCCAGAAAAGUUGAAGCAAUAUUUCGAAUGUUAACAAAUCGAGAAGUUCGUCUUAACACUUUUAUUAUGGAAAAUACCGGUGCAAAUAACGAAAGAGUUUAUGGAUUAUGGACGAAUCAAUGUUAUGCAUCAAUAUUCAGUACUUUAGUUCACGUCGAAAUACACACGCCUUUUCCAAAAAAUAAUGUCAUGAAGGCAUUAAAGGAAAAUUGCGCUAAACUUUCUCAUAUUGAUAUCAAUCUUCAUGAUACUUCUGUUGAGCGUGCCAAAGAGUCGCUCAAUUAUCUUGAAGAACUCAUUACCGCCCAGAAAUGCCCAAUAAGUCUUCGGUUGGUAUUUCCAAACGGAACUGGGAAAAUUCUAGUCGAGAAAUUAAGUUCAAGACUUGAAUCCUUCAAACGUCUUGAACUCGUAAAAUGGAACUUUAACGGAUGUUAUUGGGGAUGGUUGAAAAAAUGCCCUAAUUUAACCGAAUUUGCAAUAACAGACCCACCUCCAACUCAGGUUACUAGCACUUUGGGAUUUAAUUUUGAAAAUUACCGUUUAAAAAUGUCGAAAAAUUCAAAAGUUGUAACUGCACAUUGGCAUUUCGACAAAGGUGACAAAAUUUCUUCAAAGUUUUAUUUUCACCCAGAUAAAACUUUGAUGGAACCGUAUGAUGAAAAACCUCCAGUUGUGAUCCAACCUCGAGUAGUCCGCAAGAUUGAUAGUGCUAAAAAACAUCAAUAUAUGUUGGAAAACUUAUUAAAACGUUUGGAUUCAGAAUUUUUCAAUAAAUUUUCAGACGACGCUGAUAAUGGUACCGGUUACGAUGAUUUUGAUUUUGAGGAUCAUUUUGGUUGCACUCCUGAGCAAUGGUAUAAUUGCUAUGAUCCAAGUGAUUGA